GUUUAUUUCAACCGUCGGGAACCCUACAUAGAUUACGAAUUGGAUUGAAGAGUGAAAGAAAGGUUCUCAUUAACUUUUAUUUGAAAUUGUUACAAUUUUACUUUGGAGACCUUGUAUGCUAAUUUUUGGCCAUCACAUCCCCUAGUACCAUUAUGUUCAUACACAAUUUUCAAUUUGUGUAGGUCCUAGGCCUUGGGGACGAUUACAUAUCCCCUAACAGUUUCCGCAAUUUAUGGAUGUUACAUUCGAACCAUUCAAAUAAUCGUUCCAAUUGAAGUGUUACAUUUGAGGACUUAUAACCUAGCACACUCUACAAAGUUUCAUCGCAUAGUGUUCGAACAGUCCCCUCCCAUGUUUGUUUAAACUGAUUUUCUCCAGCCCCGACUCAGGAGGCACACCACCCAUGAAUCGAAAACGAAUCUUUUCAUCCACUUGUCGUGUGCCUAUUUUUUGCGCUUACUAUCUGGAGCGGGGUAGUUUGUCUACGUUGUUCAAUAAGGCUGGAUUGGCUGCAGCCAACUAACGACGGUAUUCCAUCUCAAGAGGAAGUUUCAAGUGACCUGAGGCGAAUGCGAUCCGGCUACUCUGCUAUGCUUUGGCUAAUUUGGUGCGUGCUUUUCGGCAGUUUGCGACUCGGAGCCACGCUUAGUGCCAUCUUGCAGAAUGAAACCGAGUUCGAGCUGGCGGCAGGACAUCGUCAAGGAAGGCUGUUUCCUUUCUACACGAUUGGCCGUAUUGCGAAUGUGCCUUGUAUUGCCAGCAACGGAUUGCAGGGAACGUGUCUGAUUCGAGGCGAAUGUGCGGAUAACCAGGGCAUCUUCGGGGGCAGCUGUAGUACUCUUACCACACAAGCGACCUGUUGUAUAUUCAGCAGGACGUGUGGAGGCUCGACCAAUCUAAACAGUACCUAUUUCACAAACCCUGGAUAUCCAGGCUCGUACAACGAUGGAGGAACAUGCACAUUCACCAUUACUCCCUGUAGUGCAUCGGUUUGUCAGCUGAGAAUCGACUUUCGAUCGCUAAACUUGGCUCAACCGAACGGCGAAGGAAACUGCCUUACUGAUGUGCUAACGAUUACUGGUGGAAGCUCAGCAGUUCCUCAGAUUUGCGGUGAAAACACUGGGCAACACGUGUACGUAAACUUUGCCGAUCUGAACCCGAUCACUAUUAGGGUGAGUACCACGGCCGGUUCUACCGUUGACCGGAUGUGGAACUUGCAGUUGUCUCAGAUUGCUUGUGCGUCACAGUUCCGUGCUCCGGAAGGUUGCCUGCAGUACUACUUGGAACCUAGUGGCGUGAUUAGUAGUUUCAACUAUGGAUUUGGUGCAAAUCCGAAUCUUAAUUCCCUGGGAGCCACCGGAACUAGACAAAUCGCUGGACAACGAUACGGAAUAUGCAUUCGAGCGGCACCUGACCGGUGUACAAUAACGUAUAGCUUGCCAACUACAGAUGGAUCCUACGCCUUUACUGUCUCAGGCGAUGCCGAGGUUCUUGAUCCCACCUUGAUCGGGAUGGGGAUUUUUGGUGAGAAUGGUGAUAUAUGCACAACGGACUACGUUGUGAUUCCGAGUCCAGUAGUUACCGAUGUCAAUGCAGCGGGAGCAGUGUUUACCGAUAGAUUCUGCGGUCUUGGAUUAUUCGCAGUAACAAGCCAGGUGAAGCCAUUCGUUGUUUACGUUGUGUGGGACGAUAAUGAAGAACCUGAUGUUGCAAACAGAGGAUUUCGACUUGCCUACUCUCAGAACGCUUGCACGUUAGGCGCGUGAAGGCAUGCAUUUUGGAACACUUUCUUUUAAAUAAACAGGCUGUUGGUCGAGACUCAGGA